UAGAAUGGGAGUAGUGUCCUUUCAGAGCUCAGCUCCCGUGUUAGCUUAGCCUCCCUUGGCCAUGAUUACUUACCGGACGGGAAGAAAAAUGUUUUGGAGUUGUGGGGCUGAUUGGAAAGACAAAAACUGCUCUUAAUUCUUGUGGCAAGUGAUUGUCCGCUGUAAACCUUUCGCCACUCGCAUAACGCAUGCCGUCGAAUUACUUAUGGAUGCAUGUUGAGGCCCUUGAGAUUCUUCUGCAAGGUCUCUGCGGUGUCCAGAAGGAGCGGCUUAGGAUCCAUGAACUCCAUCUGAAAAGUGGGCCAAAUCUCGGUGCUGUACCUUCGGAUCUGAAAAUCUUAUGCGAUCUCGAGCAGCCCGAGCCUACUUGGACUGUUCGGCAUGUUGGGGGUCCGAUGAGAGGUGCUGGUGCCGAUCAAAUCUCAGUACUCGUCAGGACCAUGCUGGAAAGCAAAGCGAGCAAGAACGUGCUCCGUUUCUUCUACGCCCUUGGAUACAAGUUAGACCACGAGCUACUGCGGGUUGGGUUUGCCUUCCAUUUCCACAGGGGUGUUCAGAUCACUGUCACUGUCUCCUCCAUCAAUAAGAUGCUGAAGCUUCAUGCAACUGACGAGGCUGUCCCAGUGACUCCAGGGAUGCAGCUGGUCGAAGUGACAGCGCCUGCAUCUUCCGAGAACUAUACUGAAGUUGUCGCUGCCAUGUCUUCCUUUUGUGAACAUCUUGCACCGUUGCUUCAUUUGUCAAAGCCCGGUAUCUCAACAGGGGUUGUUCCAACAGCGGCUGCUGCAGCUGCAUCCCUGAUGUCUGAUGGCGGUGGUACGACUUUAUAGCUGCAAUUUUGUCUUGUUAGUGUGAAUACCAGAAUGUUGUGUGGUCACAGGCAAAAUAGCAUUGUUGUAACAACUUUUACCGGGUAAGUUUACCGGGUAGCUUUGGAACCUGGGGAGGCAGUUGUGGAUGUGCUCUCCUCUGCUUUCUGGUUAUCAUGUCCAUGGUUACUUCACUGUGGUAAUUACAGAGAUUUUAACACUUUCGAGUUUUCCAUAAACCAAUCCUCAUGAAAUUAAGGGUCAA